AUGUGGAGUAAACUUUGGAAAGUCCCUGUUCAUAAUAAAAUCAAGGAAUUCCUGUGGAGGCUGGCAAACAAGAUCCUUCCAACCAGGGAUAACCUUAGCAAGAGGGGACUCAAAAUUGAUACUUACUGCCCUUUUUGUCACAAUGCCAUUGAGACUGGCCACCAUCUCUUCCUCCAUUGCCACUUUGCAAAAAAGGUUUGGUUCCCAUCCUCCCUUGGAUGCAGGAUACCUCCUCUCACUCCUAUUGUUGACUGGCUGGAAAAUUGUCUCAGAAGUGAUAAUGUCUUUGGCAGGCAGUUGAGUUAUUUUGUGCUGUGGAAAAUUUGGUUUGCAAGGAAUCAACCGGUGUUUCAGAAUAGAGUUAUGGACCCUAAAGUUGUGGCUGAUGCUGCCCUGGAUUCUCUCCUAGAAUUUAAUGAUUUGAAUCAUCAUGGGCUCAAGAAGCAGAAGGUUGAUACUGUGUGGAUUCAUGACCCCUGUUUCAAAGAUUUCACCAUUUUGCAGGUCGAUGCAUGUUGUUUUUUUGAUGGAUCAUUUUCGCUUGGUUGUGUUAUCAAAAUCUUGCAUGGAGAAAUUUGUUUAGCAACAAGUAAGCUUGAAUCAGGGACAGUGAAUCCUCAAGUGGCUGAGAUCAUGGCUCUUAGGUGA